CCAACAGACAGCGUUUGGGCGUUCGACUUCAGUUCGGCGCGUCUAACACAAAGGUUUCGCGCUUAAACUGCAGGCGGUGUCUUUGGCCAGUAGGCUGGGUUAGUCAGGUCACCCUUGGUCUUUCUACGAGGCAUUCCAGGGCGACUUGAUAUAACGGGCUGCUUUCUUGGAAGGCAUCUUAGGCGUGUUUGAGUCAGGCUCAACAUGUCUUCUCAGACUCCCCGCACAUCUCUACGAGAGGGCUUGCGGCAGGCUCCAAAGGCCAACCAGCCAUUCAUUCCGGACACUGCUCCGGUUCGGCGCUCACAUACUCAAGCCAACCAGUCUCCGCAGCCAACGCCAAUGUCCCAAACGCAUUCCAACUCUCCCGCGCCGAAUUCAAACAGUUCGCAUUUCCCAACUGAGGGCUGGGAUGGAAAGGAACAAAAAGUGCCCAUGAACACACGCGAGGUAGCAACACCAGGCAACCGGCCGGGCCUCUUCCUCAACCUGCACGGCAAGGUUGCUAAACAACCCGACUUCUAUGAUCCUUACUUCCCCCUCAGAUACCUCGAGGUUCCGAAAACGGACCAUAUCUAUAAACGUGCGCAUUAUGGCCUCCAGUCCGGCAUUCCCGAUGAGGUCGAUUUCGCAUUGUACCACCUUGUCCAGAUUUCAAACCAGCGUUGGGACAAAUUCAAGUUCGAGGGCUUUCCGUUGCUGGCCGAGACAUUGAUGGAAAAGGCCCUGGGGGUGUCGAUACUCUGCACGGGCGUCAAAUGGGAACUCCAAUAUGACUUCCGUCAACCCAUGGAGCGUAUCAACAUGCUCAACUCGCUACAUGGGACACGAGAUAUCCUCGAGAGAAUCAGGAGGAUCCCCGUCACGCUGCCUACUGAUACCCUCGAAACGGACGAGUUCAACCAUCGCCUACGGAAUGUCAAAGAGGCUACAUUGGUUCUCCGAAACAUGGUUCUGCUCCGAGAGAACGCGUUUUAUGUUUCACGUUAUGCGCACGGCCUAUUGAGGGAUUUCCUGGUCAUCUUGAUCAACCUUCCCAAUCAGCCCCGUCUGAACGAAAUCAGGAACGACGCGUUAGACAUUGCCGAAGAGGUCACCAAGUUCAUGAGGACCGACCCCGAAGAUCCCCUCUGGCUUUCCCUGCUCCACUGCCUCGAGUCCUCAGAUCGUGCCCACGUCGUCCGGGCGCUCUGGGCGCUGACCCAUUUUUCGACCGAAAUUGACGAGCCCGAGGCAAACCGCGCAUUGGAACGCAUGCCGAAACAAACCCUGCAACAGAUGUACUUCCAUACUCUUUUGGAUUUGGACAAAGACGUCCUAAGCGGGGCGCUUGACUUCUGGUAUCAAUACACGCUUUCUCGCGAGAACAUCGAGACUAUGCUUGAUAUUUUCGACUUCCCCAGCGUUUUCGUCCCACGAAUGAUCGCCCUCCUGACCCACGAAGCGCGACCCAGUAAGAAAGAGACGGUUCUUCAGGAAGAGAAAGUCGCCCCGCCGCCAUCCGAGAUUCCCCGUGUACCAGCAGAGCUUUUGAAAGACUUGAUGGAGUUACAGGAGCCGGAACGUAGCUCCCGCUGGCUGCGCUGCUGCUUCGUUGAAGAUGCGGAAUGCGAAAUCACCCAAAUAGCUCUGUGGCAAGCGUAUCAGAGCCGGUUCGCGGACCCCCGGGUUCCUGGGGGCGGUGUCCUUCCAGCAGCCGAGUUCAUCAAGAACGUCAGCACGACUUUCACCAACGCCCAAGCACAGGUCAUCAACGGGCCCGGUGCGGCGACUCGGUUCAUCAUCAAGGGCAUCCGUCCGCUGGAGACCGCCUACACGUUCCAGGGCUUCCCGUACCUCUACUGCAAGUGGGCGGACAACACGAAACCCACCAAAACCUGCCAGCGCGCUUUCGCUACCCCCACCGACCUGCGCAACCAUGUAUUUGCCGACCACAUGGAACUCAAGGCCACGGAUACGCCGGGCCACUAUAACCUGGACCCAGCGGAAACCCCGAUCCACACGUGUCACUGGGACAACUGCACCCGGUUCCGCGCGUCUGGCCCUAGUGCCAAUACCGCCAUGGUCGCCGGCCAUGUGGCAUCGCACUUACCCGAAGAGCGCCCUGCCGAUGCCGAAGCGCCCGUUUCCAAGCGUGCCGUGCUCCAAGAGCGCAUCGUCCGCAAAUGGUUCUACAUGGACACGCCUAUCAACGAGCGCGGCGAACCCAUCGGCGUCGCCUACAAGGCAGCACUCGUCCUGCGCAACGUCGCCAGGAACCUGCCCAUCGGAAUGGCACAGAAAUACAACGGACUCUCCUGGAAGAAAGCCGUAUUCCUCAGCCAUCGUCCGAAGAUCGUGGAAACAUGGGACCGGAACCGGUCGUUACGCAAGGAACUAACUGAAUUGAUCAUGAUAAUAGAGAAAGAGGAUUACUACUGACUGAUUGAUUGAUUGAUUGAUCGAUUGAAAUGAACCUGGACUGACCUGACGAAACUUUCCAUCAUCAUCAUCAUCAUUAUCAUCUCACUACCUACCUACCUACCUAUCGCAUUAUUUACCGAGGUUCUUCUCAUCUUUCUCAUUUUUUUUGAUCUUGCUAUGUUGUACAAAUACCCUGGCUUUUUUCAAUUUCUUCUUGGUCGCUUCUGGACCCCGCGCGGUGAUUAUUCUAUUUACCUUCUUCUUCUACUUCUUUUAUCCCUGGGCAACUGACCCAGAGGGCCUGUGUAGCCUCCUACAUAUCCUUCUUAUCAUCUGGGCGGCCACACAGCCUUUUUUUUUGGUACUUCGCGUAUUCGGAGAGGAGAAGUGAAGCGAUAUAUUCUUAAAACGGUGUGAGUGGAGUG